CCGUGCUCCGACUGCUCCACCGUCUGUCAUCCCAAUCUGUCAUCCGCAUCUCUAGACUCCCAUCAGGUGUGUUUUUGAUUGAAUUAUUCAGACAACCGACCGUCAUCUCACCGCUGCAUCCAAGACAUAUUGAUCCAUCCCCGCCUUUCUCCCUCCAUGGAUUUCAAUCCACGUCUCCAUCUGGGUAAUCAAUCCAACUCGGGAGACCGUCCUCUACCCCUCCAUCCCUCGUCCUAUUAUCCCCCACUCCCCCCACCCCAGCUCCCAUCCCAGCCCUUUGAUCCUCACGACCCGGACCCCGACCCCGAUCCCGACCCGGAUCCAGACGGCUAUGCCGACCUCAAGCGCUCUCGCGCCUGCGAGGCCUGUCGACAACUUAAGGUCCGCUGCGAACCUGACCCUAAGUACCCUGACGGUCCCUCGUGCAAGCGCUGCGCCAAGGCCAGCCGCUCCUGCAUCGUCACCGUCCCCACCCGCAAGCGUCAAAAAAAGACCGAUACCCGCGUCGCCGAGCUGGAGAGGAAGAUCGACGCCUUGACCGCCAGUCUGCAGUCCUCCAAUUCCCCACAAUCCGAUUUCAUCACCGUCACAGCAACCCCCCGAGACGACUAUGCGCGACACCGUUGGGGUGGUGCCGCCCACCCUCCCGCGGCGAAUGGGGUUCCCCCGACCGAGUCCGCCGCCCCGACGGGGACCAAGCGCCGUUGGAAGCGGCUCCUGGACCCCCUCCUACACCCGGACACCGAUUCCGCCAUCGACACGGGCUCCCGACAUUGGCGCGCUAACACCGCCGCCGGUCCGCGGCUCGACUCCUCCCCCGAGGUCAUCGAUAUCAUCGAGCGGGAGAUCGUCUCCCUGGGGAUAGCCGCCCAGUCCUUCACGCGCUUCGUCGAGGACAUGUCCUGUCACAUCCCUAUGGUCGUAUUCCCCGCCGGGACGCAGAUGCACGAGGUCCGGCGCACCAAGCCCGCGCUCUUCCACGCCAUCGUCGCCGUCGCUAUCGGCACCAUCCAGCCCAACAUCCAGCUGGAACUGAUCAAUGACUUCUACCGGAUGAUCGCCGAGCGCGUCGUCGUCCGGGGCGAGAAGUCCCUCGACCUGACCCAGGCGCUGCUCUUCGAGGAACUCAAGUUCUACCAGCUCGCCCAUAUGGCCGUCACCAUGGCCGUCGAUCUGGGCAUGUACCGGAUCACCACCCACCGCCACAAGCCCUUCAACGUGAUGAAGGACGCCCUGGGACAGAAGGGGUCCCGCAACAUGGACACCCCCGAGGUUCGUCGGACGUGGUUGGGGUGUUAUUUUCAGGCGGUUCAGGUCUCGAUCUCGCUGCGGCGCCCUAUGUUGGUCCGAUGGAAUCCAUACAUGGACGAGUGCAUCGAGAUCCUCGAACGGUCGCCGGACGCCCUUCCGUCCGACGCAAUCCUUGUCCACUGGGUCCGCUUGGCCCGCCUUACCGAGGAGAUCAGCGUUCAAUUCGCUACGGACGACAUCGCCUCGUCCGCCUCAUUCGCCGACCCCAAGUUCCAGUACACCGUGAAGGUGUUUGAAAACCAGCUGGAGCGGUGGAAACGGGACAUUCCUCCCGAACAUCGGUCACCGAUUCUGACCCAGUCGGCCAGCACCGUUAGCCUGUACAUCUACGAAAGUGCCAUGCAUUUCGACACUCCCGAAGGUGGUCCCGACUCGGGCGACAAUUCGCCCCCUCCCCCGGGCGCCACCCACAUGCAUGCGUUGACCACCUGUCUGACCGCGAUCCACGGGGCUUUGGACGCUACCUGUGCCGUCGACCUCGACACCUUCCUCAACCUUCCGACGGUGGUGCUCGCGCGCACCUCCUUCGCUAUGGUCCUGUUACUCAGACUUCACGCUGUCGCCGUUGCCCCCGAGACCGGCGUCGGCCAGGUGGUUGAGCCUUCCAGCGUCCAAGUGGAAUCCUACCUGGACCGCGUCAUCCAGCACUACAGAGCAGCCGGGGACAGACCCGGCGGCCGGACCCCUGCCAAGUUCGCCAUGGUCCUGGACAUGCUACGCGGAUGGUUCUGGCAGCGCCGGGACAAGGCGUCCCAGCUGAAGGAGGCCUUCAACGGGUUCCAGGGGAAGGUGGGCGCGACCUGUCCCCAGGACAUGGGGGGGACCGUUGAGCCAGCCCCCCAUCCGUCACCCCCGCCAGGCCCGACGGGCGGUCCGACGCCGUUGCACCUCCUCAGCGAGGUGGCCAUGGGCGAGCCCACCACCCAUUCCACCACCCCCUCCCACGGCCCUCCUUACCCGGGACCGGGAACCACAGCCAUCCCGCACCCCGGCGUCAACAGCACCGCCUCAGGACCCAGCCACUGGGCAGGCUAUCCAACCCCUGCGCGCCCGUAUGGCGAUCCAUCCGCCUUCGCCACGCCCUACUCCGCAGACAUGACACCCACGACAGCGCCAAACGCGCCUGCAGCCUAUCCCGGCGGAGACCCGCACGGCAGCAUGCCGGGGGCAUCCCAGGGGUUCUUUGUCCCCGAUCCGGGGAUGCAGAUGGGGAUGGAGCCAGAGCAUCUCUUUGCGCUGGAAAACAUGCUAGGGGUGGAGUUGUUGAACAUGCCUUUACCGGACGGGAGUAUGGGAUUUUAUUGAUGUGAUGCUGGAUAUGCCGGCCAUGUUUGUGUGUUGUGGUUGUGGGAUUGUCUGUUUGAGAUACCAGGAGUUAAUAAUAUCAGUCCUCUAGGAUUAAAUAGUGUUUAGCACAGGGCCAAAACAAACAUUUAAUGGGUAAAUAACCAUAAAUGAAGC